UGUGGCAACAUUACCAAACCCGUGGCAAGAUUUCCAUAUUGUAGGUAUUUUACUUAUAGUUGCCUAUCUUAAAAAAUUGCAAUUAAAUAAACGGAGUUUAAAUAGUAGUAUUUUUUCAAUAGCGUAGGGAAACAUUUUUUAUAAUUUUCUUACUGGCAACACUGACGAUUAUUUCAAUAUGGCUGUUCAUUGUCAAGGCGUGGGAAAGCGUCGUCCAACAAUUUUUGUCAAAUUGUGUCUUCAGAACGUAGAAUAAUUGUAAGAGAAUGCCCCCCAAAAAAAGAGACAGAAAAAAGCUUGGGGCUAGGCCCUAUAAAAAUUACACCGAUGAGAUGAUGGCCUUGGCUAUUGAGAUGGUAGAAACAAAAAGAAUGACUUCUUACGAAGCCGAAAAAACCUUUAGCAUACCAAGAAGAACUAUUGAAAAAAAAGUAAAAAAGAAACAUUCCGACAAACCAGGGCCACCCUUCAAGUUAUCGCCAGAAGAAGAACUGAACUUUGUGAAAGUUCUUAUUGUGGCCUCAGAUUACGGAGCUCCGCUGACGCAACUUGAUCUCCGAAUUCUGGUCCAUGAAUACUUAAAGAAAAAUAAUAGGAGCGAUAUUUUUCAUGAUAAAAUGCCCGGUGAAUGGUGGGUAAAAAAUUUUAUUGAGCGCUACCGCGACAAACUAAGUCUGAGAGCAGUGCAGAACAUCAAAAGGGCCAGAGCAGAAAAAACUCUGUCAGAAUUUCAGCAGUUUUUCAAUAAUAUAAAGUCUGUAUUGGAAAACGUGCCUCCGACGCACAUUGUGAAUUAUGAUGAGACAAAUUUCUCCGACGACCCCGGCUCUGCUAAAUGUAUUUUUCGUCGUGGUACUAAAUAUCCGGAACGCGUAAUGAACAGUUCUAAGGGCUGUAUAUCAGUCAUGUUUGCAGGUACAGCCAACGGAUCAGUGAUGCCUCCAUACGUUGUAUAUAAAGCGGAGAGCUUGUGGUGUCAAUGGGUCGAAGGAGGACCUGAAAAUGCGCGGUUUAAUCGAACCAAAAGUGGUUGGUUCGAUUCAACAACGUUUCUUGACUGGUUUAACACCAUAAUUGUGCCUUGGGCACGAAAACUAGAAGGUCCAAAGGUCGUGAUUGGCGAUAACCUUUCCAGCCACAUCAAUUCGGAAGUCAUAGAAUUGUGUGAAAAAUAUAAUAUUCGAUUUGUCCUUCUGCCACCAAAUUCGACUCAUCUGACUCAACCGCUGGAUGUAGCGUUCUUUGGCCCCUUGAAAAAGGUUUGGCGAAAAAUUUUAACUACUUACAAGAUAGAAAAUCCGAAGCAAGCAGGGCUUAAUAAGUCUCAUUUUCCACCUCUACUUGCAAAGGUGAUGGAUGAAGUUAACAUGACAAAGAAAGAAAAUGUUGUGAGUGGAUUUAGAGCGACAGGUAUUGUUCCAUUCAAUCCUCAACAAGUGUAUAAGAAAAUUCCCGAAUGUCUUCCAGAUGAGACCAUUUUUUCUGUGGAUCAAACAUUACUUGAUUAUUUGAAAGAAAACAGAAAACCAAAUGAAAUAAAAAGAGGGAGAAACAAAAAGUUAAAUGUCCAGCCAGGAAAAUCAAUCACUACAUCAGAGCUUAAUCAAGUUGAAACGGACAACAAAAAACAAAAGAAAAAUAGAUUAGAAAAAGAAGCAAAAACUAAAGAAGACUUAGACCUAAUAGUAUCUGAAGAAGGAUAUAUACCUGAUGCUAGAAUGACACGUAAAACCCAGAUAAAAUCCAAAGAAAAAACACUUGAUACAAAAAUUGAUGAGUUCAGUGGGAAACUAUCGGCUAUCCAAGUAAAAAUUUGUGGAAAUUUAAGCGGAGAUGAUAUUUCACAUGAUGAACAUUCAAUUGAAUUAGACGAAGCAACUAUAGACCAAAUUAAGCGACGAAAGCGCUCUUUAAAAGAAAAAAACUUACAAAAUACAAAACCGGCAAAAAAAUGCAAGCACAUUGGGUCGACCACCACAGAAGAUUCAGAAUAUAGUGUUCACAGUGAAAUAGAAAUAUAUGACUUAGAAGAUUUAGAUGAUGAGACUGAUUAUGAUGUAAAAAAAAGAAUAGACAUAAUUGAAUGCAGAAUAUUUGAUGAAAUUGCAAAAAUAGAAUACAUGGAAAACAAUAAUGACACAGAUAAAUAUCAAAUAAAGCAGAAUAAAAUUGAGACAGAUCUAGAAAAACAAAAUAAUGAUGAAGAAGAUCAAAUAAACACAGAAAAAGAGACAGCAAACUUAGAGGAUAAACAAGAGAAACAAGAUAACACAGAAAAUGAAACUGCGGAAGAAGAACAAAAAGACACAAAAAAGAAAAAAGAAAUGACAGGCAAUGAUUACACAGAGAAAGAAACAGAGAGUGAAACUAAGAAAGAAAAAGAGAAGAAUGCAAAAAAUUUUAAUGAUCCCACAGAGAAACAGAAAGAAAUAGAAAAUGGCUUUGAGACAGGACAACAGAAAUAUACAAAAAAGAAAAUCACACAAAAUGAUACUGAGACUAAGAAUUAUAUAAAUAAAAAUGAAUUUUUAAAGACAAAAGUGGGUGAAUCAGAAGAGAAAAAGAUAAAAGUACAGAAAAAGAUCGAGAAUGAUGGAGUUAGCUGGGCUGAAGGAGACACAAUCUUAGCAAGAUAUUAUUCACGAAAAUGGAAGUAUUUCGUCGGCAUAAUCAAGCAUGUUAAUAGACAUGAAAAAAAAUAUUCAGUUUCGUACUAUAAAAUAACACGCAUGAAGGAUGGUAUUCUGUUUGUUAUGCCUAAAAAAGCGGAUGAAGAUAAUUAUCUGCCAGAAGAUUCUAUAGUAAAAUCUGUUCAAUUAUUACAAAUAUCAGAAUAUCCUGAAAAAUAUGUUCUUAUGAACGAGGAAGAUAAUAUUUAUUUUGAUUAAAUUUUAAUUGGUUUUGUCCUCUGUAAGUCGUGCCAUUUAAUCUUCGAACCCUAUAGUUUUUAAGAUUAAUUUUUUUAAGGCCAUUUGUCACAAUUUUGAAUUUUAUGUUGAAGUUAAUUUUUCAGAAAGUCUUUAUUAAUUUAUAAGUAAAAGAGAUUAAGACUGUUUUACUAUUAAUUUUUGUACUUAAGAAGUACAAAAAUGUGCAAUUUUUAUAUUCACUUUUAAUUUAACAAUAAAGAAACAAAAGUAUUUUUGUUGUUUUUCAUUUACAUACGUAUUGCUUUCCCCUUUUUCAAAAUAAUAAUCUUAUGUAUCUAAUAUAUCUAAUUAUAUUGCAGAAAAAAAUGUUUACUUGUUCCCGUUUUUUGACAGCCCUAUGAGUCAAAUCAUAUUUGUAUGUAAACUGCAAUGAAUCCUUUGGCAACUUUACCUGUUGAUAGUGUUACCACUUUUUAACAUAUUUUUCUUCUUUUCUGGUUUAGUUUAAAUAACUCGGCCGAAUUUAUUGUCAUCUUUGCCUAGGGAAUUAUUUUGUACGCAAUAAUAACGGAAUACAAUGCAUAGGUAAAGUUACCAAAAAUGUGUCAAUUUUACCCACGUUCUUAAUUUACGGCUACAGCUUAAAUUAGUUAGUUUUGUGUAAUAUAAACAGCAAAAAACGUCAGACAAAGGCAUAAUAAGUGUUUAGAAAAAGUUUCAUAUCUUUGCGUCUAAUAGACAAAAAAGUACAUAGAUUUCUUUCUAAAAAUAUGGUAAUGUUGCCACAUUUUACGGUACAU